GUAGUGUGUGGUGCAGACGUGUGGUGCAGUUUUGCAGAUAAAGAAAAUACACUGUUAUUGUUUUGUGCACGUUACCGGUGCACUCUGAGCUUUAAUUUACAUAGGUAGGGCAGAUGAGUUCUGUGUAGUUUAUUGAAGCUUCAGUCUUUCCGCUAGCACUGUGUGUGCUGGUUGAUAAAGAAGAUUUUCUUUUGUGAGCGCAUUUACAGCAAUAAGAAGUCAUGGCGGAUGUAACUGCGCGUAGCUUGCAGUAUGAAUACAAAGCGAACUCUAACUUGGUGUUGCAAGCGGACAGAUCUCUGAUCGACCGCACCCGCAGAGAUGAGCCCACUGGAGAGGUGCUGUCUCUGGUUGGCAAACUGGAGGGGACUAAGAUGGGAGACAGGAGCCAGAGAACUAAACCUCAGAUGCUGGAGGAGAGGAGAGCAAAGAGGAGGAAGAGAGAUGAGGAUAGACAUGACAUCAACAAGAUGAAGGGUUUCACGCUGCUAUCUGAGGGUAUUGAUGAGAUGGUGGGCAUUGUGUACAAGCCCAAGACCAAAGAGACCAGAGAAACAUAUGAAAUCCUCCUCAGCUUCAUUCAGGCAGCUCUUGGAGAUCAGCCAAGGGAUAUCCUGUGUGGUGCUGCAGAUGAAGUUUUGGCAGUGCUGAAGAACGAUAAGAUGAGGGACAAAGAGAGGAGGAGGGAGGUGGAGCAGUUGCUCGGGCCCGCUGACGACACACGCUACCAUGUCCUGGUCAACCUGGGCAAGAAGAUCUCAGACUAUGGAGGAGACAAAGAGCUCCAGAAUAUGGAUGAUAACAUUGAUGAAACCUAUGGAGUCAAUGUACAGUUUGAGUCUGAUGAAGAGGAAGGUGAUGAGGAUCCGUACGGUGAGGUUCAUGAUGAUGGUUCUGAUGACAAUGAAGGAGAAGAGGCAGAUGAGAGCUCCACUCUGACUGCUAAUCUGGGCACCACAGGAGAUGUAAUGACAGCUAAAAAGAAGGAUCUUCACCCGCGAGACAUUGAUGCCUUCUGGCUUCAGCGACAGCUCAGCCGAUUCUACAAUGACGCCAUAGUGUCUCAGAAGAAAGCAGAUGAGGUUUUAGAGAUCCUUAAGACUGCCAGUGAUGACAGAGAGUGUGAGAACCAGUUGGUGCUGCUUUUGGGCUUCAACACAUUUGACUUUAUCAAGGUCCUCCGCCAACACAGAAGAAUGAUCCUGUACUGCACCAUGUUGGCCAGUGCUCAAAGUGAGGCAGAGAAAGAGAAGAUCAUGAACAAAAUGGAGGCUGAUCAGGAUCUUUCCAAAGUUUUAUACCAGCUGCAGGAAACUGAGAAAGAGGACAUCAUCAGGGAGGAGCGAUCUCGCCGAGAGAGAGUGAGAAAGUCUCGUGUGGAUGAUCUAGAGUCUAUGGACAUUGAUCAUGGCGAGGCUGUGGCUUCAAGGCAACUACUAGACCUUGAAGAUCUGGCUUUCUCUCAGGGGAGUCAUUUCAUGGCCAACAAGCGCUGCCAGCUUCCUGACGGCUCCUAUCGCAAGCAGAAGAAAGGCUAUGAGGAGGUGCAUGUGCCCGCUCUCAAACCCAAGCCCUUCGGAGAUGAGGAGACACUUUUGGCUAUUGAGAAGCUGCCCAAAUAUGCCCAGGCUGGAUUUGAGGGUUUCAAGACCCUGAAUCGCAUACAGAGUAAACUUUUUAAAACCGCCAUGGAGACAGAUGAGAACCUGCUGGUUUGCGCUCCAACGGGUGCUGGCAAAACUAAUGUUGCUCUCAUGGCAAUGCUUAGAGAGAUCGGAAAGCAUAUCAACAUGGACGGCACAAUCAAUGUGGAUGAUUUCAAAAUAAUCUACAUCGCUCCCAUGCGCUCUCUGGUGCAGGAGAUGGUUGGCAGCUUCAGCAAACGCUUAGCUAGUUAUGGCAUCACUGUUUCUGAGCUGACUGGAGACCACCAGCUUUGUAAGGAGGAAAUAAACGCUACUCAGAUUAUUGUGUGCACCCCUGAGAAAUGGGACAUCAUCACACGGAAGGGAGGAGAGCGCACAUACACACAACUUGUGCGCCUCAUCAUUAUUGACGAGAUCCACUUGCUACAUGAUGACCGUGGCCCAGUACUGGAGUCCCUGAUUGCUCGAACCAUCCGGAAUGUGGAGCUGACACAGGAAGAUGUGAGGCUCAUCGGCCUCAGUGCCACACUGCCCAACUACGAUGAUGUGGCAACUUGCCUGCGUGUAGACCUAUCCAAGGGACUCUUCUAUUUCGACAACAGUUUCCGGCCUGUGCCUCUGGAACAGACAUAUGUAGGAAUCACAGAGAAAAAGGCCAUCAAGCGUUUCCAGAUUAUGAAUGAGAUUGUCUAUGAGAAGAUCAUGGAACAUGCUGGAAAGAAUCAGGUGCUGGUAUUUGUGCACUCAAGAAAGGAGACAGGGAAAACAGCACGCGCGAUCAGGGACAUGUGUUUAGAAAAGGACACUCUGGGCUUGUUUCUCAGAGAGGGAUCAGCCUCCACUGAGGUCCUAAGGACUGAAGCAGAGCAGUGCAAGAACCUGGAGCUAAAGGAUCUGUUGCCAUAUGGUUUUGCUAUUCACCAUGCUGGAAUGACCAGAGUGGACAGGACGCUGGUAGAGGAUCUGUUUGCUGACCGUCACAUCCAGGUAUUGGUGUCCACAGCUACGCUGGCCUGGGGUGUAAACUUGCCAGCGCACACCGUGAUAAUCAAAGGCACACAGGUCUACAGCCCAGAGAAAGGCAGAUGGACAGAGCUAGGAGCCCUGGACAUCUUACAGAUGCUGGGUCGUGCUGGCAGACCACAGUAUGACUCUAAAGGAGAGGGCAUCUUGCUCACCUCUCAUGGAGAACUUCAGUAUUACCUCUCUCUGCUCAACCAGCAGCUGCCCAUCGAGAGCCAGAUGGUGGCCAAACUACCUGACAUGCUCAAUGCCGAGAUAGUGUUGGGCAAUGUGCAGAAUGCCAAGGAUGCAGUUAACUGGCUGGGUUACACAUACCUAUAUGUACGGAUGCUGCGGAACCCCACGUUGUAUGGCGUCUCCCAUGACGAUCGCAGCUCUGACCCCCUGCUGGAGCGACGGCGGAUGGACCUGGUGCACACAGCUGCCACUGUCCUGGAGAAGAACAACCUGGCCAAAUAUGACAAGAGAUCCGGCAACUUUCAGGUCACAGACCUGGGCCGGAUUGCAAGCCAUUUCUACAUCACCCAUGAUUCCGUGAUGACUUAUAACCAGCUGCUGAAGCCCACACUGAGUGAGAUCGAGCUCUUCAGGGUGUUUUCUCUCUCAUCAGAGUUCAGGAACAUCACAGUCAGAGAAGAGGAAAAACUUGAGCUCCAGAAACUACUAGAAAGAGUCCCUAUUCCAGUAAAGGAAAGCAUUGAAGAGCCCAGUGCAAAGAUUAAUGUGCUCCUGCAGGCUUACAUCUCUCAGCUCAAACUGGAGGGCUUUGCCCUCAUGGCUGACAUGGUCUAUGUGACACAGAGUGCUGGCAGGUUGAUGAGGGCAAUCUUUGAGAUUGUUCUGGGUAGAGGCUGGGCCCAACUUACUGACAAGACUUUGAACCUCUGCAAGAUGAUUGACAAAAGGAUGUGGCAGUCUAUGUCUCCUCUGCGCCAAUUCCGCAAGCUUCCAGAGGAGGUCAUCAAAAAGAUAGAGAAGAAAAACUUCCCCUUUGAACGUCUCUAUGAUCUGAACCACAAUGAAAUUGGUGAGUUGAUCCGCAUGCCAAAGAUGGGAAAGACCAUCCAUAAGUAUGUCCAUCAGUUCCCAAAGCUGGACCUGGCAGUUCACCUGCAGCCCAUCACUCGCUCCACACUGAAAGUGGAACUCACCAUCACACCAGAUUUCCAGUGGGAUGACAAGAUACAUGGGUCAUCCGAGGCUUUCUGGAUCUUGGUGGAGGAUGUGGACAGCGAGGUAGUCCUGCAUCAUGAGUACUUUCUCUUAAAGGCCAAGUACGCUCAGGACGAGCAUCUGGUCACUUUCUUCGUGCCCGUGUUUGAGCCUCUGCCUCCACAGUACUUCAUUCGCAUAGCUUCAGACCGCUGGCUGUCAUGUGAGACGCAGCUGCCGGUUUCAUUCCGUCACCUGAUCUUACCAGAGAAGUAUCCUCCUCCCACCGAGCUGCUGGACCUGCAGCCUCUGCCGGUGUCUGCUCUGAGAAACGCAGCCUUUGAGAGCCUUUACCAGAAGUUUCCAUUUUUCAACCCUAUCCAGACCCAGGUGUUCAACGCAGUGUACAACAGCGAUGACAAUGUCUUUGUUGGCGCCCCUACUGGCAGCGGUAAGACCAUAUGUGCCGAGUUUGCCAUUCUCAGGAUGCUCCUACACAACACAGAGGGCCGCUGUGUUUACAUCACACCCAUGGAAGCACUGGCUGAACAGGUUUUUAUUGACUGGCACCAGAAGUUCCAAGACACAUUGAAUAAGAAGGUUGUCUUACUUACUGGUGAGACGAGCACUGACCUCAAGCUGCUGGGUAAAGGUGACAUCAUUGUCAGCACCCCAGACAAGUGGGACAUCCUGUCUCGCCGUUGGAAACAGAGGAAGAACGUGCAGAAUGUUAGCCUUUUCAUUGUGGACGAGGUUCAUCUCAUUGGAGGAGACAAUGGACCUGUGUUGGAGGUGAUUUGCUCCAGGAUGAGGUACAUCUCAUCUCAGAUUGAGCGGCCCAUUCGUAUCGUGGCCCUCAGCUCAUCUCUGUCCAAUGCUAAAGAUGUGGCCCACUGGCUUGGCUGCAGCACUACAGCCACCUUCAACUUCCAUCCCAACGUCAGGCCGGUUCCUCUUGAGCUUCACAUCCAGGGCUUCAAUGUGAGUCACACACAGACUCGUCUGCUGUCCAUGGCUAAACCUGUGUAUCACUCCAUCAUGAAACACUCCCCAUCCAAGCCAGUGCUGGUGUUUGUGCCAUCAAGACGUCAAACUCGCCUCACUGCUAUCGAUAUCCUCACCUUCUGUGCCUCAGAUGUGGUCCCACAAAGGUUCCUGCACUCAACUGAGAAGGACCUGGCUCCAUUCAUGGAGAAUCUCUCUGAUACCACGUUGAAGGAGACCAUCUCUAAUGGGGUGGGGUACCUGCAUGAGGGCCUUUCGGCUACCGAGCGCAGGAUUGUGGAGCAUCUUUUCAUGUCUGGUGCUAUUCAGGUGAUGGUGGCAUCUCGCUCUCUCUGCUGGGGCACUAACAUUUCUGCACAUCUGGUGAUUGUCAUGGACACACAGUACUACAAUGGCAAAAUACAUGCGUAUGUGGACUACCCAAUCUAUGAUGUCCUGCAGAUGGUAGGGAAGGCCAAUCGCCCUCUACAGGAUGAUGAGGGUCGCUGUGUCAUCAUGUGUCAGGGGUCCAAAAAGGACUUCUUUAAGAAGUUCCUGUACGAGCCUCUGCCUGUUGAAUCUCACCUGGACCACUGUCUCCAUGACCAUUUCAAUGCUGAGAUCGUCACCAAGACAGUGGAGAACAAACAGGAUUCCGUGGAUUACCUGACAUGGACAUUUCUGUACCGGCGCAUGACCCAGAACCCCAACUAUUACAAUCUGCAGGGGAUGUCUCACCGUCACUUGUCGGAUCAUCUGUCUGAGCUGGUAGAAAACACCCUGCAUGAUCUGGAGCAGUCCAAGUGUAUCAGCAUUGAGGAUGAGAUGGACGUGGCACCGCUGAAUCUGGGCAUGAUCGCAGCCUACUACUAUAUUAACUACACAACCAUCGAGCUGUUCAGCAUGUCCCUGAAUGCCAAAACAAAGAUCCGCGGCCUCAUUGAGAUCAUCUCCAAUGCUGCGGAGUACAAAAACAUUCCCAUCAGGCACCAUGAGGAGACACUGCUCCGGCAGCUGGCUCAGAAGGUCCCUCAUAAACUGAACAAUCCCAAGUUUAACGACCCUCAUGUGAAGACCAACCUGCUGCUUCAGGCUCAUCUGUCCCGCAUGCAGCUGAGCGCAGAGCUCCAGUCAGAUACCGAAGAUAUACUCAGCAAGGCUGUGCGACUGAUCCAGGCAUGCGUGGACGUGCUCUCCAGUAAUGGCUGGUUGAGUCCAGCACUGGCUGCCAUGGAGCUGGCUCAGAUGGUUACACAAGCCAUGUGGUCCAAAGACUCUUACCUUAAGCAACUACCCCACUUUACUUCUGAACACAUCAAGCGCUGCACAGACAAGGGUGUGGAGAGCAUCUUUGAUAUCAUGGAGAUGGAAGAUGAGGACCGCACUGCUCUGCUGCAGCUUUCAGAUACACAAAUGGCCGAUGUGGCACGGUUCUGUAACCGGUAUCCCAACAUUGAGCUCUCAUACGAAGUGGCUGACAAAGAGGACAUCAAAAGUGGCAGUCCUGUGGUCGUCCAAGUGCAGUUGGAAAGAGAAGAGGAAGUUACUGGACCUGUUAUUGCGCCACUAUUCCCUCAGAAACGUGAAGAAGGCUGGUGGGUGGUUAUUGGAGACCCCAAAUCGAACAGCCUCAUCUCAAUCAAGAGGCUGACUCUUCAACAGAAGGCCAAGGUGAAACUCGACUUUGUGGCACCUGUUGUGGGUGUGCACAACUACACACUGUACUUCAUGAGCGAUGCCUACAUGGGCUGCGACCAAGAAUACAAGUUUAGUGUGGAUGUAAAUGAGGCAGACAGCGAGGGAGACAGUGACAGCGAUUAAUCCCAGUGGGUGGUUGUUAUUCGAGGUCAUGUUAAAAUGCACAUUGUUGUUUUUAAUAUUGUGAACGGUUUAAUUCAUUGUGAUUUAAAUAAAGGAAAAUGUAA